UUUUCCGGUGGCGGCGCCGCGCGGUGAGGAGCUCGUGUUCAUACUUGUAGCUAUGCCGUCCAAGGGUCCGCUGCAGUCCGUGCAAGUCUUCGGACGCAAGAAAACAGCCACAGCUGUGGCCCACUGCAAACGAGGAAAUGGGCUCAUCAAGGUGAAUGGACGUCCCCUGGAGAUGAUCGAGCCGCGCACGCUGCAGUACAAGUUACUGGAGCCUGUUUUGCUUCUGGGCAAGGAGAGAUUUGCUGGUGUGGAUAUCCGGGUCCGUGUGAAGGGUGGUGGUCAUGUGGCCCAAAUUUAUGCUAUCCGGCAGUCCAUCUCAAAAGCUCUGGUGGCUUAUUACCAAAAAUAUGUGGAUGAAGCCUCUAAGAAGGAGAUCAAAGAUAUCCUCAUCCAGUACGAUCCGACCCUGCCUGUAGCUGACCCCCGUCGCUGCGAAUCCAAAAAGUUUGGCAGUCCCGGUGCCCGUGCCCGGUACCAGAAAUCCUACGGAUAAACCAGUCUCAAGGAUCAGGGUUUACCUUUGUAAUAAACAUCCUAGGACUAAAAAAAAAAAAAAAAAAAAAAAA